AUGUCCGAAUCAAAGGAAGUUUCCGAAGCUUCGGGUGCCGAAGAAUCGGAGGUGACGCAGCUGAAGGAGGCGGAGAAGAGCGAGGAGGCCAAGUUGCGCGCCAAGUACCCGCAGGUGCUGCGGCCCGGCGGGUCAGUCUUCCUCCAGAAGAGGCUGCAGAAGGGACAGAAGUAUUUCGAUUCGGGAGACUACAACAUGGCCAAGGCCAAGGGCCAGAAGGCGCGCCAGGCGUUGCCCGUGGUCACUCAGCUGCCCACGGGGGACGCGAUCCCCACCCCCGAGGACCUCCCCGCCAGAAAGACGUCCAUCGUGCAGUCCAAGCUGGCCACAGAACUCUCCAACUAG